AUGAAUUUUUCGCCGGCGGUGCUGUUGCUGGUCUUGUCAAAUGUGCACACGAGUUUCAACCUGAAGACCACUUUUAAAGGUGGAUACAUCGGUGGGAAAAAGUACUGUAUAAGAAGGUUCAACAACUUCUUACCGACAUAUGUUAUAAAACAGAUCUUUACAGAACUCGAGUAUGAUCCGGCGCUGACCACAGAAACGAUAGACAAGCAGGGAUGGUUACACACCGGUGACGUCGGUCGAUGGCUGCCAGAUGGUAACCUGCAAAUCAUAGACCGUAAGAAUCAAAUUUUCAAGAUAGCACAGGGAGAUUACAUCGCCCUUGCGAAGAUCGAAAGCAUUUACCAGUAUUGCAAAUGUGUGUCUGAAGUGUUCGUCGACGGCCGACCGAUGGGUCACUACACUGUGGCGGUCGUAGUUCCGGAAGUGGACGUAGCUCGAAAGUGGACCGAGGAACGACGUCUCAGAUGCGGAAUGGUGGACCUGUGCCAGGACGAUGGGUUCAUCGCCUACGUGCUCGAGCAAAUGCAUCAGGUGGGCAAGGAUCACGGCCUGAAAUCGAUAGAGCAGGUCAAGUACAUAUCUUUGUGCCCAAAUUCUUUCGCCUUCAUCGACGGCUUGCUGACGCCAACGCUGAAGGUCAGAAGGAGACAGAUGCGCCAGCAUUUCUCUACCGUACUAGAAGAACUAUAUGCUCGGGGCUGA